CGACGCGCUGACGGUGAUGAUGGAGGACCGCUACGACGUUCUUGGGUGUAAAAGUCAGCGAGCCUAUCGGUAGCCGCGAGCUGCUAACCAGCCCGGUAAACAACCCCUGCCAUCUCAUCUUCCACGAAACAGCCCGAUGAAAACGUCCGGCGUUUGACCCGAGGCUUUAAGCGAACGCAAGCGUCGAUGAACGUAACGCCGGAGACUCGCAAAACCUGCCGAAAAUGAUGUAGCAAGCUAACUUUUAGCCGUCUGCCUAGCGCGAUCCGCUCGAACCAUGGACUGUGACGGAUUCGGAGUCCCUUGUCCUCUGCCUAGUUUGGACUCGCAGGAAGAUGCCAAAGACCCAGGGCUGCACACCUUCAGUCACACACACAUGAGGAAAGCCUUUCGGCUCAUGAAUGACUUGAGAAGCCGGAGGAUGCUUUGUGACGUUCUGCUGGUGGCGGGUGAAGUGGAGGUUCCAGCACACAGAGUAGUUUUAGCAUCCUGCAGUCCUUACUUCUGCGCCAUGUUCACGGGUGACAUGAGCGAAAGCAAGGCUCACCAUGUGGAGAUCAGGGAUGUUGAUGGACAGACGCUCUUGAAGCUGGUGGACUACAUUUACACUGCUGAGAUCGAAGUGUCUGAAGAUAACGUUCAGGUGUUGCUCCCAGCUGCCAGCCUGCUCCAGUUGAUGGAUGUCCGACAGGUUUGCUGCGACUUCCUUCAGUCGCAGCUUCAUCCCACCAACUGCCUGGGCAUCCGAGCGUUCGCUGACCUUCACGCCUGCACAGGACUGCUCAGCCAGGCCCACGCGUACGCCGAGCAGCACUUCACAGACGUCAUGGUGGGUGAGGAGUUCAUGGCCCUCUCCCUGCAGCAGGUGUGCAGUCUGAUAUCCAGUGACAAACUGACAGUGUCCACUGAAGAGAAGGUGUUUGAAGCCAUGAUCGCCUGGAUAAAGCACGACAAAGAGGCCCGUCUCGAGCACAUGCCUAGACUCAUGGAACACGUUCGGCUGCCGCUGCUAUCCAGAGAUUACCUGGUUCAGAUUGUAGAGGAGGAGCCCUUAAUAAAAAACAACAACACGUGUAAGGACUUUCUCAUCGAGGCGAUGAAGUACCACCUUUUACCUGCAGACCAGAGGCACCUUAUAAAGACUGACAGAACCAGACCACGCACACCCAUCAGUCUGCCCAAGGUGAUGAUGGUGGUUGGGGGUCAGGCACCUAAAGCCAUUCGCAGCGUGGAGUGUUAUGACUUUCAAGAGGACCGCUGGUACCAGGUGGCCGACUUGCCCUCCAGACGCUGUCGAGCAGGAGUGGUGUUCAUGGCUGGUAAGGUGUAUGCCGUGGGGGGAUUCAACGGCUCUCUGCGCGUGCGGACGGUGGACGUGUAUGAUGGGCUGAAGGACCAGUGGAGCUCAGUUCCCAGCAUGCAAGAGCGCCGCAGCACUUUAGGAGCGGCUGUACUGGGAGACCUGCUGUACGCCGUCGGGGGCUUUGACGGGAGUACAGGCCUGUCGUCAGUGGAGGCGUACAACCCCAAGGCUAAUGAGUGGAUGUUCGUGGCUCCCAUGAACACCAGGCGCAGCAGUGUUGGGGUAGGAGUGGUCGACGGAAAGCUUUAUGCCGUUGGAGGUUAUGACGGAGCGUCCCGGCAGUGCCUGAGUACUGUAGAGGAGUAUAACCCGGUCAGUAACAAGUGGUGCUAUGUGGCGGACAUGAGCACCAGACGCAGCGGAGCCGGUGUCGGAGUGCUCGGGGGACAGCUGUACGCCGCAGGUGGACACGACGGCCCUCUGGUGAGGAAGAGCGUGGAGGUCUACGACCCCGCCACUAACACCUGGAGGCAGGUGUGUGACAUGAACAUGUGCCGGAGGAACGCAGGAGUGUGUGCCAUAAACGGCUUCCUGUAUGUGAUCGGAGGAGACGACGGCUCGUGCAACCUGUCCUCCGUGGAGUACUACGACCCAGCUGCAGAUAAAUGGAGUCUCAUCCCCACCAACAUGAGCAACGGACGCAGCUACGCAGGGGUGUCAGUCAUCGACAAGCCGUUAUGACUAAAGGUUCUAGGCAGCAGGUCUCUUCUCAGCCGCCGAGGGCCGAGCUGUGACAGACAGACUGUGAUUUAAGCUCUCCAUCUCAAAGCCUGGCUGCCUCUCACACACACACACACACACACAAACCCUGACCUCUCCCAGUCUCCAGAAAGUGCCAUUUAGCCCUGUUAUUAACAGAGAGGUCGUACGAAAUCAAACCUCGUUUAUAACCGGCCUGGACAGAGCAUCUAUACAUAUAUAUGGGACGCCUCCGUGAGCUGUUGCAGGUGAAGAUCGUGCCAACAGAUGCUUUACUACUGACCCACAACGCUCCGAACGAACACUCGCCCGCAAGAUGUCAGAACUGUUUCUACACUAAUGCAUAUCACACCCUUUAAAGCGGACCAAGACUGGAUAUCACCGGCUUCCGGUUUUUGUUACAGGGUCACUUUACCUUUAUAUGAAAGUGUUAUGGGAACAGGUUUAAACCGUGCCAUGUAGUGUUAGGGAUGUUCAACCGAUCACGCGCAUCUCACAGGGUAAAAGGUACGGUCACGUUAGCGAAGUUUCAGCUCGCGACCGUACCGGUUAACGUGCCAAAUGCGACUCAUAAUUCAUACGGAUAAUGCUGUAUGUUAGUUACUUGUACAUAAGCACUUUUCAUGACGCAUUUUUGGUGUGCAGUCGGACACGAGGAGUCCGUCUUCGGUCACGAUAACUCUCUCUCUAUCACUGAAAUAAGCGCUUUUUGGUGAAAUUGCACGGCUCGAUUAUUCAGCCAUUUCAUUUGCAGGCAAAUCUCGAGACAGCACAGGUUCGCGUCAAGCGCACCAUUUAUUACUUCGGAAGACCGUUUUACUUCAGUUUAAGAAAUACUAAGCCUUCGUUUUCCUCAUUAUUGGGUUAUAGGAUGUGUAAAGCUUCACUGUAGACUGACCAUUGUGGAAUUUCAUUGGUAACAACUACGAGUUAUUAACAAAACACUGCCAACGUUCCCACAUAUUCCCACGCUUUCUUUUUAAUUCGGAGACAUGCCGAUCUGAAAGCCACGCUAUGCAGUAAAACAUUGUUUCUGGAGGUUUUCGUCCUCGGUUACUCUAGGCCUGGUGUAACUGCCUCCGUUGUCUUCGCACAUCACCAUCCAGGACAUUCCAGUGCGGUGCAUCUACGGAUUAUGCACGAAUGUGGUUUGUGAACAAGGUAUUUAUGUAUUUCUAAACAAGAUGUAUUAAUAAAUUAAGCUUUGUUAAGAGAAUGCGGCUGCCGUGCGUCGAGGUUGUCGCUGGGGGGCAGCAGUCGGACAUCAUGGCUGGGACGGAAGAAGAUGCGCGGGAAAGUGACCUUAAACACGUGAUUUUAGAUUUGCAUUAACUUUGCAUUCAAACGGCGACCGAGCAGACUUCGAGCGUAUUUAGAUACUUGCUGGUAAACUAGAAGUAUAUCCCAAGAUGUAGGUGAUUUUUUUUUUCUUCAGUAGAAUAGCAUUUUUUUGUUGUUGCUGGAACCGUAUUUCUCGGUCAUUGACAAAAAUCGAGUAAAAAAGUACAAAACUAAUUCCCUUACGACACACUGAGGUCUUGUGCAAGAAAACCGAACAUAAUUUAUAACAUUAUUAACUUUACCUGCAAUCCAGAGCCGCGUGCAGCAGGGACAUUUCGUUCUUCUUGAUUUAAACCUAACCAUUCCAUUAAAAUCAAUUACGAUAUUAUUUUUUUUUUACGUUUGACCUCUGUGUAUUUUGACAAAUCGUCACGUUUUUGGCUUCUUCCGCGAGGAAAUCUUAAUUUCUCUUCGCGCUCCCGCUCGACUCUGCGCGGAAGCCCCGCCCUCAGACUCUCGCCAUUGGCCGCGGUUUGACAGACAGGAGGGACGUCCUAUCACCGCGUUCGGAUGCAACGUAAUGAUUGGGCAAACGUUUGAAGCUCCCGAAUCUCCCGCAGGUGAUUUUAAUAUAAUUUGAUUGCUGUCAGCGAGUCGAGAGACUUCAAUCACUAGAACAGAAACGUUUCUGCCUGCCCUAGAUUUAAGAGCGAGACUGUCGGCAUUAAUCCAGCCAUCAGGAAUUUUGUGAGGACAAAAGAUCUCCCACGCAGCGUUCAAGUCGGUCACAAAGACUCGCUGCAUUGAUCUUGCUCUGAAAGUGACUUUUGUUUGAGCCGUGCGUCAUCUGCUCUGUAGACAAUGGACAAGAGCAAUAGUUUUUUUGUCACACUGUGCCAUAAUAAUUACUAUUUCCCCUUCCAACCGCAAGGCACCCUUUUUAUAAAACGUGGUGUUUUAUGUUAUAGACGGGUUCAACAACAAACUUUUCUGCGCAUGCGUGCUUUUGUGGCCCCAAACUUAACACCUAACAAAAUCAACAACAGCUAAGUGAAUGCAUUUUUUUGGUAAGAAGCUAAUGUUACCAAAUGUUGCAUGCAGAAUGAUAUUAAAAUUACAUUUUAAUAAAAAAAUACACACACACACAUAUAUACAUAUAUACAUAUAUAUAUAUAUAUAUAUAUAUAUAUUUUUUUUUUUUUUUUUUUCUUGAUUUUAGAGCACACCUACAGGCACAAAAAGGCAUGAACAGAACAGGUAAUAAUACUCACAAGCUGUUUAUUGAAAAUGCACAUACUGGAUACAGGAGGGCUUUCAUUCCACUCAUACAGGCCCCGAUGCUAAUUUAUUGCUUCAUUUUCAUGGCACAAAAAUAGAAAUACAAAUUUCCGCCAUGCAAACCCACUACUGACAAGCUUAUACAAAACAGGACAAAGCAGGUGCUUCACUAACACGGAGGAAAUCACGCCAUUAAGAUGAACAGCGGAGAGUGAGACGAUAAAAAAACAGAGUACAAAAUAAUGGUCAUAAAAAAAGGACGACACCACACAGUGAUAAAUGGGCCAGAACACGUCCGAUAACAACCCGCAAGUAGUGCUUGAAUAAACGACUAACAAACGAAACGUACUGCAUUCCCAGAAUGCUGUGCAAAUAAUCUCCAUCACCUCCUUCGUCAGUCACGAACACAUCCCUUCCCUUCAAACUCUCGACCAGCAGUCCCUCUCGUCUGACCUCUUCGGUGAGGCUUUUAUUAUCAGCCGAGCUCGAUGCCAGCAGCUCAGAAGUGACCGCGACGGAUCAGAUGAUAUGCUGCAAAGUGACACGACACGAUUAUGACAGCAUGUACGUCACACGCCAGGAGCCAGGGUCAUCUAAUUAUCAUGUUCAAACCAGGAGUCUAGAGGUGAGAAAAACCGAUAAGGACACGUUCACAAAAAAAAAAAAAAAAAAAAAUAA